AUACCCGGAACCUUUUCCUACGAAAUAUUUCUUAAAUGUCUUUCUAGUAUUCUGCAAACUGAAGCAGGGUGGCAAGUAGAAGUGGAGUGGUCGAAAAGUUGUACCCUCGGGACUAGCUUUAUGGUUUAGCCCGGUUGCCAUGGAGACCAAUAGUAACAGCGGUGCUCCCGCAGAAGCCGGGAGGCUAUGGCCACGUUAGCUCGGCUCCAAGCUCGGUCGACGUUCCUGGCACACCAGUACUACUUCAGGAACAGUGCUGUAGAUGUAUUUAGAAAAAAGGAGUAUGAUGCAGCAGUUAAAAUCCAGAGCUGGUUUCGAGGAUGUCGAAUUCGGGCAUAUCUCAGGUAUUUACACAGAGUAGCAACUGUUAUUCAAAAAUGUUGGAGAGGUUACCUAGGCAGACAACAUUAUCAACUAAUUGUGAAGUUAGAAUUUUGUACUAUGAAGAUGAAUCUCUACAACGCAAUGGCUGUCAGGAUUCAGAAGCGAUGGCGAGGCUAUCGAAUUCGGAAAUACUGCUUUAAUUAUUUUUAUUUGAAGGAGUACCUGAAGGCUGUUUCAGAGACCAAUGAUGCAAUUAGGUAUUGUUAUCAGGGUUUUGCUAUAUUAGAUGAACUGUGUGACCAUACGGCAUGGCGUUUGAAAAGGAAAAAUACUACCCUGUUUCCUGUCUACUCAAUGCUCAAUACUUCUAGUCACCAAAUGUGUGGGUUUUCCAUGCCAGGCAAUCUCAGACACCAGGAGGCGUUAGAGGAGUUUGCAGAGAUGAAAGAAAGGGAAGAGAAGAAGGCCGACCUCGAAAGGGAAGAGAAGAAAAGAGAUUACCAAGCCCGAAAGAUGCAUUACCUCCUCAGCACAAAGCAGAUUCCAGGUAUAUACAAUUCACCAUUCAGAAAAGAUCCCGAUCCAUGGGAAUUGCGGUUACAGAAGGCAAAGCCCUUAAUAAGCCAAAGGCCUAAAGUUAAGCAGAAGCGCGGCGUCAACAUUAGCAACCGGCUGGCUUGUACGAGUGCCCGCUCCCUUCCUCAAUCUGAAAUUCUGCCACCCAUUGAUAGGAAGCAGUGUCAGGGACCUUUCCGUGAUAUCACCGAAGUACUGGAACAGCGCUACAAGCCUUUGGAGCCAACAUUGUGGAUGGCAGAACCAAUCAAUGAGUUAAAGAUGGCCAGAGAAGAACUCAGAAAACAGGAGUGGAUGCGAAAUAUAAAUGACAAUAUGUUUUUGCCAUUUUCUUCCUACCAUAAAAAUAAAAAGUACAUCCCAUUAAUGCAUUCAUCAAGCAAGUAUGGUCCCAAUUCUUACGGAAGUCAACAUUUUAGAGAUGAAAAUCCUAAGAAAUGGAUCUGUGACAAGGAUUUCCAAACUGUAUUACCAUCAUUUGAUCUCUUCUCAAAGUAUGGAAAAUUAUAUUCAAAAGCUGGACAAAUUAUAUAAAGGUAUGCUAUUUUGCUAAGAAGUGUUUCAAAAAGUAUAUUAAAAACAUUUUAAAAAUCAAACAAGAUUGACUUUAACUCCCAAGCAUUUUUAAAACUGUGCUAUAAUAUUUAUCUAUAAUAAAAGUUUAUCUUUUGUUCUGA